AGCCGGGCUUGUCUUGGGCGCCGAGCGUCGCCGGUAGGUAGGUCAUAAUAGUCGUCUGUUUUGUCCCCGGUAUAAAAGAGUCCAUCAACGGCUGAAGUCAGCCACUCCCUCGCCAACACUGGUCUGCAACGGAUCAGUCAAAAAAAUCAGAAACAUGAGGUUGGUUUUGGCGUGCGUCCUGGCCGCGGCCUGCGCAGCCGUCGCAUACGCGUCGUGCGACAAGGAGCUGCUCAACGAGCUGUCCGUCUACAUCAAUGGCAACAACAUCGUCUUCCCCUGCGCCUCCACGGAGAAGAUCUACAAGAAGUCCGGCCUGUACGUGCCCAAGAACAUGAUCGCCACCCGCGUGCAGAUCUCCGGCUCCGACGUGUUCGUCGCCACCCCCCGCUUCCGCGAGGGAGUGCCCUUCACCCUGUCGCACCUGAACCUCAAGGACAAGGCCUGCGCACCCACCCUCAGCCCCUGGCCGUGCUGGUCGCUCCAGGAGGAGGGUAACUGCGACGCUCUCCAGAACGUCGUCGACCUGUUCAUCGACGUCAACGACAUCCUGUGGGUGCUCGACGUCGGUAUCACCAACACCCUGGACAACCCCACCCGCCGUUGCGCCCCCAAGGUCGUCGGUUUCAACAUCAAGACCGGCAAGCUCGUCAAGUCCAUCGACCUGUCUGGCCUUGUGUGCUCUUCCAGCCGUCUGCAGUACCUGGUUGUCGACUACACCCCCGACGGCAAGUGCUACCUGUACGUGUCCGACGCCGCCACCCGCGCCAUCCUCGUCUACGACAUCCAGGCCAACCGCGGUUUCCGUGUGGUGCUCCCCAAGGCUGUCCUCCUCGGCGGUGCCAACCGUGACGUCCUCUACCUGGCUCUGAUCCGUCGCCCCGACAACAACAACCUCAUCAUCUUCAGCUACCUGUCCAGCUGCCGCCUGUUCGCCAUCAAGUCCUGCAACCUGCGUCGCGGCUCUGCCAACGGUGUGGUCGUCGAUGUCGGCCCCAAGAACGGCAAGAUCGUCAUCCUGGGUACCGACGGUGCCUCCAACCUGUUCUUCCGUGAGAAGGGAGGCUCCGACAUCUACAUGUGGAACGCCGAGACCUGCUUCAAGCCCGACAACUUCCAGCUGGUGCAGCACGGAAACGACUGCCGCCUGGCCACCCAGGUCGUCCCCGGCUACAAGAGGCUCAUGUGGGUCAUCGAGUCCAACUUCAACGACUACAUCCAGAACCAGGUCGGCUGUCUGGGAGCCCAGGUCGUCCUCCACCCCCUCGUCAAGUCCUGCGAGGACUAAGCUGCGCCGCGCGCUGCACCACCUCAUGAAGGGCGCAUGAGUCACCGAGGGGCGGCCCCGCGGCGGCCCCGGCCGAACACCAGUCCACGCCGCACGCCGCCGGGGCCCCCGGGAGCUGCUCCUCCACGCCCACAUCUGACUGAUCCUCACAGAAAUGUGUGUUAUUGUUAAGUUUUAACUGCACCCCCUCGGGUCUGCGGUCGUCCCGAGCUGCGGGUGCGUUGUUGAGAGAUGCUGUUAACUAUUAAUAAAUUGACCUUAGUGAUACACCCGAUAA